ACGCGGCAGGGGGUCCGCCUCCGCCGCCCCCACCUCUGGGACCUCAUUCUAACCGGACCACCCCACCUGAGUCAGCCCCCCAGAACGGUCCGUCCCCCAUGGCCGCCCUCAUGUCGGUGGCAGAUACUCUGGGCACAGCGCACUCGCCCAAGGAUGGCAGUUCCGUGCACUCUACCACUGCGUCCGCGCGGCGUAACAGCAGCAGCCCAGUCUCGCCGGCCUCCGUGCCGGGGCAGCGCCGCUUGGCAUCACGUAAUGGGGACCUGAAUUUACAGGUGGCGCCCCCGCCGCCUAGCGCCCACCCGGGCAUGGACCAAGUGCACCCCCAAAACAUUCCGGAUUCCCCCAUGGCCAACAGCGGACCUCUCUGCUGCACCAUUUGCCACGAACGUUUGGAGGACACGCAUUUCGUUCAGUGCCCGUCCGUCCCCAGCCACAAAUUUUGCUUCCCUUGCUCUAGAGAGAGUAUCAAGGCCCAGGGGGCCACCGGCGAGGUGUAUUGCCCCAGCGGUGAGAAAUGCCCCCUAGUCGGGUCGAAUGUACCUUGGGCCUUCAUGCAGGGCGAAAUCGCGACUAUCUUAGCUGGGGAUGUUAAAGUGAAAAAGGAAAGAGACCCUUGAACCACUGGGCAGCCACCUCCUUUGCCCUAGACCAGCUCCUCUCCAAUCCUGAGGGCCCCUCCCCCAACCCACCUCGACCCUCCCUUCCCUCACCCCCAAGGUGUAGAAUUGUGAAUAUAACAAAACUGCAAAAAGUUAGUCUUAUGUAUAGACAUUAUUUUCGUCGUAUGUUUCUAUAUUUUGAAACAGGUAUGUAACUUCUUCAUUUGAAGGAUAAGCUGGUUUGUGUUAAGCAGUAUAAUAUCGGUUGGGUCAUUUGCAUCAUAUUCGUUAGCAUUUAUUUGGUGGCAGAAUGUUUGCCUAGGUACAGAAUUAAUAGCCCUUAGCAACGACUGCUGCUGGUGUGUAUUUUUGUAAAUGUUAUGCACUCUGAAAGGAAACACACACACAAAAGAAAAAUACUUUUUUUUUUUUUUUUUUUGCCAAGGCCAGUGUUGCUGCCUAAAAAAAGAAAAAAAAAAGAAAAAAAAGAUGCUAUAAAAUGGUGAAAGCUUCCUUCUAAACUGCCCCAAGUGUUGAAGUCUUCACUUUAUUUUGUUCCGUUUUGUUUUGUUUUUCUGUUUUGUUUGCAAAAUGGUAAGGGGGUGUCGGGGGGAGGGGGAUGGGAUGUUUUUUGUUGCAAGUUUGUGAGGGGAAAAUGUUUUGGUUUGUUUCUACUGACCUGAAUGUGUUGGAUCUACACGUGUUGUUUUGUUUUUGCUUUAUUGAUGCACGGAUGCUUUUGAACAGUAGAGCGAAAUGCUAGACAUGGAGAAUCUGCUCUGUUUGUCCUUUAUACAUUUCUGUAGUUAACAGAACACUGUAAUGUGCCUUGGAGCUUAGUAACUUGUAAUAAAUUCAAUUGAUAUUAA